AUGGCUGAGCAUGGUGACGGGAACAUCAAGGUUGUUGUACGAUGUCGGCCACUCAAUUCGCGGGAAGUUGCGCGUGGCGCGAGAUGUCUCGUUCGCAUGGAGGGAAAUCAGACCAUCCUCGACCCACCGGAGCCGGGAUCACAAGCAGCUCAAGCCGCGUCUGGCCGUGCUACCGAGCGCAAGGUCAUGAACUUCGCAUUUGACAAGAGUUAUUGGUCUGCCGGAUCCAGGGACGAACCAAACUACUGCUCUCAGCAGACGUUGUACGAUGAUCUCGGGAAGGAGUUAUUAGAUCACGGAUUCGCCGGAUUCAAUGCGUGUAUCUUGGCUUAUGGACAGACAGGUUCUGGGAAGUCAUACAGUAUGAUGGGAUAUGGUGCCGACAAGGGCAUUAUUCCUUUGACAUGUUCCGAGUUAUUUGCCCGCGUUGCCGACAAGAAAGCCGCAGAUUUGCAUGUGAACUUCACCGUUGAAGUCUCCUAUAUCGAGAUAUACAACGAGAAAGUGCGAGAUCUGUUGAACCCGAAGAAUACCGGAAACCUGAGGGUACGAGAGCACCCAAGCUUGGGUCCGUACGUCGAAGACUUGUCCAAACUUGUAGUGAGCAGCUACGAGGAGAUGAUGACACUCAUGGAUGAGGGCAACAAAGCGAGGACGGUUGCUGCGACCAACAUGAAUGAAACCUCUUCCCGUUCGCAUGCCGUCUUCACUCUUAUCCUCACUAUGAAGCGGCACGAUGUUGACACCAACCUUGAUACAGAGAAAGUGUCUCGCAUCAGCCUUGUCGAUUUGGCCGGCUCGGAGCGCGCCAACUCUACGGGAGCCACAGGACAGAGAUUGAAGGAAGGCGCUAACAUCAACAAAUCUUUGACGACUCUCGGUAAAGUCAUCUCCGCCCUUGCUGCCGCAAGUUCAAACGAAGGAAAGAAGGGCAGGAAGGGCAAGGCUGAUGACUUCGUUCCAUAUCGAGACUCGGUGUUGACGUGGUUGCUCAAGGACAGUCUGGGAGGUAACUCCAAAACAGCGAUGAUCGCUGCCAUCUCUCCCGCAGAUGUCCAAUAUGAGGAGACUCUGAGUACGCUGCGAUAUGCUGAUCAGGCCAAGAAGAUCAAGAACAAGGCCAUUGUCAAUGAGGAUCCUAAUGCCAAGCUCGUGCGUGAACUGAAGGAGGAGUUGGAGACGCUUCGAGCUCGUGUGGCUGGUACUUCUAUUGAAGCCGUGUAUGACCCCAACAUCCCAGCAUCCCAGCAGAAAGUCACUUACCAGGCGAAGGAUGGUACGAUCAAGACUGUCACUAAGGCUGAGCUGCAGGAGCAGCUGGAGACCAGCGAGAAGCUCAUGCAGAGCCUGAAUGAAACUUGGGAACAGAAGAUGCAGCGCACGCAGGACGUACAGAAAGAGCGUGAGAAGGCACUAGAGGAACUCGGGAUCACGAUUGAUAAGAACAACGUUGGGGUCCAUACUCCCAAGAGCAUGCCCCACUUAGUCAAUCUAAACGAAGAUCCCUUGAUGAGUGAAUGCCUGAUCUAUCAGCUGAAGCCCGGCCGGACAAUGAUUGGCAGGCUUGACAGCGAGAAACCAGCUGCAAUACGUCUCAGUGGAGAGAGCAUCGCGGAGGAACACUGUUACUUCGAGAACACGGAUGGCAAAGUGAUGCUUUACGCCAUGCCAGACGGAGUCACCUUCCUGAAUGGACGACAGAUCACGGCUGGACAGGCAAGUCCAUUCAAAUUGAAAUCAGGAUACCGUGUUAUCCUUGGUGAACAUCACGUCUUCCGAUUCAACAAUCCUGACGAAGUGCGGAAGCAACGAGACCGCGCAGCUGCUAAAUCAUCAAGUCUGCAGCAGAGCAUCUCCGCUGCAGAGUUACAAGCUCUUAGGGGUGAAGAGCAACCGCGGCCGGACUCGCCCACCUCGUCAGAGGAUAUGCCCGAUGUGGACUGGACAUUCGCGAAGCGAGAGGCUGCUCUCGCUAGGCUAGGUCUUGAUCCGGCAUUGGACAACAUGCCUGACGAAGACUUGAACAAGCUGUAUGAGAAGAUCACCAAGGUCAAGACUCUCCGCGACCACAACGCAAAACCUCGUCCGGAGAGUAGUCUGAGCCAGGUCGAUGAUAUCUGGAGCGAAUCCGGACGUCCGAUAUCCAGUGAUGCCUUUACUGACGAUACGAGCGUCGACGCAACUAUGAGCCAUGAUAGUCCGGAUGUUGGUGGCCCGCUGAAGGAUGUCCAAAACCAGUUGGAGACACAACGCAUCGAGUUCGAAUCCAGGCUGCAGGCUAUCGCAGAGGCAAACGAAGCGGAAGAUCUUAAAGCGGAGAAGGAACAGAUGGAGCAUCAGCUGAAGCUCGUGCAGACCCGCAUGAAACGGCUUCUUGACGCUCGAGCUCGUGGGGAGAGUGAUGCUGAGCUGGAAGCAUUCGAGCCGGUAAUUUACAGUGCAAAACAAUUGAGACUGAUCCGUAAGACGCUGGAGAAGUGGAGGACACAUCGCUCAUUCUCCAUGGCGCAAGAGAUCUUAUCCAAUGCUGUCCAUGUCAAAGAAGCCAACGUUAUCAGGUGCGGAUACGCUUGUAGUCCCCAGCAGGAGCCAACAAGCACUAACAACACAAUUUAUUACAGCAAGGAGCUCGGUAAAGAUGUCUCAUAUAACUUUACCAUUGCAUCUGGUGGGUCGCUUGCAGCUCCAGCUUCAGCUAUCGAGACAAUCGCAGGUUUGGACCAAUUCGGUGAUGUGGUGGAUCCAGUCCUCGCCUCUGCCACACAGCCUUCAGUGGCUGUGAAAGUCAUAGACAAGCGUAACAACGCAAUAUACCUUUGGUCGCUGGAUCGUCUGCAACAUCAACUACAGCGCAUGCGCAAUCUGACAACAUUCAUUGAUCGCCCUUCUUAUUCCCAGCACUUCUCUUCCGAGGAGCCUUUCUACGACUCGCCAUCUCCAGAGUACUCCUUCAUCGGUGAUGCGAUGCUGUCACUAGCCCCACUGACUCGGCGGCUACCGUCCACGUCUGUCGUCCCGAUAUUUUGUCGGUAUACUGCAGAAGCUAUUGGCACAUGUCGAAUCGAUCUCAAGAUAGCUGAUUUUGAGCUCGCCCCAAAAUACGCUAAUCAUUCGGCGUCAUCUACUCGGGCAUCUUCCCCUGCGCUACAUGCAGUCCCUCCAGGGAGCAAGUUGAGCUUUGUUUUGACAGUUGAUUCGGUGAAGGGAUUAUCCCACCAUGACUUCGCCUCCUUGCACAUGCAAGUACGCUUAUCUUCCUUCAUGGGCCCCUCUCUAUCCGCGGAAGAGGUAUAUCCUUCAGCAGCAUUAGAUAUGGAUACCGGUUCGCUGUCAGACCUCAAAUUCCGUCGCAGCUUUACCAUCGUUGCCUCUUCCAAGGUGCUCUCUUAUCUUCGACAAGGAUACGCGCCGGUAGAGUUUUUCGCGCGACUGAAGCCUACAUAUCUUGAGCGCAUUGAGCGCUGGGAUGACCUCCGAGAGCAGCGCCUUCCCAUGCACAACCAGCCGACCAGCCCAGAGAGCAAGCCUGCCACCUUGCCCCUUAUGCGCAGGUCCGAGACUGAUUUUGUGGUGGAGCAGACACAUGAUGUGGUUGCUUGGCUGCAGAUCAGCGAACUGACUCCAGAUGGCACGUAUGGCCCUGUGCCAGUGAUAUCCCAUGGGGGCGUAGACCCCGGUGCGUUCAUGCUGCAUCAGGGCCUGCAGCGCCGCAUCGUGUUGUCCUUGUUCUCCAACUCUGGUAAACAGCUGCCAUGGACGGAUGUGGUUCGAAUACGGCUAGGCAAUGUGCGGGUGCUGGAUGCUAAGGGGCGUUUGCACGAUGCGACGUCAAAAUCGCUCGUGACCCUGCCUCUCCUACAACAACAGACUGUAGAGUUCAGGGCAAAUGGCACGGCUACACUCUCCGCCGAGGCACUCUGGGACUCCAGUGUCCAUGACUCAGAUCUGCUCAAUCGCGUCACAGGGCCUGGUCGGCGAAUAAUGCUUCAACUUAGUUUCUUCGUCAGCGUCGACAUCUGCGCCGAGCCGGUGCAGUUCACCAUGGACACCGCAGUGUGCAUACAAAGUCGCGACGCUCGCCCGCCUUCCCGCUUGCUAAGUCUGAUCGGGUCCACGAAGAUCAUUCCCAAGACAAGCACCGUAUUUACUGUCCGGCUGUCUCCACCCUUGACGCGAUCGGCGAAGGAUCUCUGGCGGCUGGAUACCGCUGAAAAGUAUGUUCGAGGGGAGGAGGCACUGGGCGCUUGGAGACCGCGUGGAGUAUCCGCUGUGGAUGACUACAACAAGCUGGUGUCCAUGGAGCGGCGCGCGGCGGACGUGCAGGCCAUACGGAUGAUCUUGGAUGCGUCACCACAUCGUGUCACCCAGUCGGACGCUGUUGUUUGGGCGUCCGAGGAUCUAUUGCGGAAGGCGUUGGCUCUUUGGCAGAAGAAGUUUGGGCAUCCCGGCGAAAUAGUGAUUAGUCAAGAACCUGUUGAACCUGACGAAUCCAGCAUGGAAUCUGGCCAGUCAUCUGCAUCCCAAUCAGUUGAGACGAUCAAGCUCAACUCGUCGACAAAGGUCGUCCCUCGCAGCGAUACACCGACCAAAAAGGGCCAUUUGAUGGUGAUGGUUGACGCCAAUGAGAAUGUCUGGGAGAAACGGUGGUUCGUCCUGAGAAGACCGUAUAUGCACGUCUAUACACAUUCUAGCGAGAUAGAAGAGACCAGCAUCAUCAAUCUCAAUGGUGUCAACAUAGAGCGUAAUACAGAAAUGGAAGCUCUUCUCGGGAAGCAGUUCACCUUCACGCUCUUCACUGCGUCCAAUUCGUACGCACUCGCUGCACCGAACCUGAAGGAGCUCCAAUCAUGGACGUUGAAAUUAGACCCUACGCGGCUCUCGUCAUAG